AUGGCCACUCUCUUUAAUUUUCACACCACCCUUCGCCCCUCUUGCUAUCUGCCCUUGUCACCCUCACCCUCCUCGCCUUCUCUGCUACCUACAUCCCACUUCUCCAAGACCCUCCUCUCGACAACUUUCUUGGGUCACACCGAAAUCCUCAAAUAUGCUGCCACUUCCACAAGCAACCGUGACCGUUCACUCUCUGCUCGCAUGUCAUGGGACGGUCCUCUCUCUUCCGUCAAAUUGAUCAUUCAGGGUAAAAAUCUACAGCUCCCUGAUGCAGUGAAGCAGCAUGUGGAAGAUAAAGUGGGAAAGGCGGUUCAGAAGCAUAGUCACCUAGUGAGAGAGGUUGAUGUGAGGCUUUCUAUUAGAGGAGGAGGUGAAUUUGGGCGAGGACCUAGAACUCGUAGGUGUGAGGUGACUUUGUUCACAAAGAGGCACGGAGUGUUGAGGGCUGAGGAGGACGCUGAAAGCACCUAUGGAAGUAUAGAUUUGGUAUCAUCAAUCAUUCAGAGGAAGCUGAGGAAAAUAAAGGAAAAGGAGUCAGAUCAUGGUCGCCACAUGAAGGGUUUCAAUAGGUUGAAGGUUAGGGAGCCGGUGGAGCAAUUACCUGUGGCAGAGGAUGAAAUGUUAUCUCCAGAGCAGGAGGAAGAAUCAAUCGAUGAGGUUGUUCGCACAAAGUACUUUGACAUGCCACCCUUGACUGUGUCUGAAGCUAUUGAGCAACUUGUAAAUGUUGAUCAUGACUUUUAUGGUUUUCGAAACGAAGAAACUGGGCAAAUUAAUAUUGUGUACAAAAGAAAAGAAGGUGGAUAUGGACUCAUUAUACCCAAAGGUGAUGGCGAAGCAGAGAAUUCGGAGCCUGUUGUGCUUGAACCAGCUGUAGAAUCCUCCCUGAAAGAAUGA